AUGUAUGUUAUCCUUGAUGUCUUCAUCGAAAUGCUGAAAGCCUCAAACUGUCUAGUCAACAUCCUUGCUCAGAGGAGUCGAAAUUGUGUCGAAUUCGAGAAGAUUAUUUUAUGUUUAAGAACACAGGCUGUGUGUGCAGCAAUGAAUAGUGAGAGGAAGAAGUCUAUGGGUCCGAGAUGGGGAGGAAUGCCUUCCUCAACUAUGAAAACGCCGACGAGACCCCGCUUUACUAUAGGAGGUACACAAAUCAACUCAACGUCCAAGAACGAUUUUGAUGGCGGCCAGGCUCGCUUCAGCAUGGGAACCGUUCCAGCCAGUGCGCGUCGUACUUCGCUGUUUCGAUCACUUACUAGUAACUAUAAGGACACGAGACCGCUUUCUUCAAAAGAUUAUCAAAACGAGAUGAUUCGUAAAAUCUACGCUUUCUUGCUCGAACAUGAUGGAGAGAAUUGCUUGCCAGAAAAAGCCAUACGUUCACCAACCAAACAGGAUUUUAUCAUUAUGUUUGAGAGUAUUUAUCAGCACCUCAGUCCCGAUUUUCAGUUGAAGAAUGUCAACGAAGAGGUAGCCACCAUUUUCCGCGAGUUGGGUUACAUCACACCCAUCAAGCCCAGCACAAUGCAAACUAUUGGAGCGUCUCAUACCUGGCCAACCUUGCUCGGUGCUCUGACGUGGUUGAUUGAUGUCGUGAACGUUAAAAAUUCCCUACAAGAUGAGGGUGGACAGCAGUUACUACUCGGAGACGACUCCAGUGGUACUCUAAAAGCUUACAAAUAUAGCUGGUUGAAUGCUGGGUUCAAAGAAUACGUUCAGAACAGAGAAGCUAUCAGGAAUGAAAAUUUCUUCGAUAAUAAGAUGCACGCUUUACGCAACUGGCAUGAACAGCAAGAAGAUUUCGAAUCCCAGCAGGAAACUAUCAGGGCAGCCUUGGACCAGCUCAGGGAGGAUUGUGCUGAGUUGGAGAGCGAGAAAGGAAGCGUGGAUCGUUACCGAGAUGAUAUCGUUCGCGUGGACGAUGACAUCAAGAAGGCUACCGAGUACAAAGAGGAAAUUGAUGAGGAUGUUAAAGCACUUAGUGUGGAAUUGAAUGCUGCGAAAGAAGAGAAGGAUACUGUAGCGAUGGAAGCUGAAGAACAUCGUUUCCGUGUUUCUGAACUUCAAGGCGCUAUCAGAGAACAGGAACAAACACAAGGAUUAUGCGAUCGAGAUGCCCGAGCGCUGGUCUCUGAAGUGGACGAGAACAAGCUCCAAAUGAGAAAACUGAAAGCUGAGUUGGAGGAUCUUUGCAAGCGACACUGGCACGAAGUACCAAAAUGUCGAAAGGCUCUGGAAGAGCAACAAGGUCGCUACCAAAGUCUGAUAGUCGGGAUCAAAAGCUUGCUGAUGAGUGCUUUGCACGAAUGUCCGACUAUAGCCGAGGAGACGCCCAAGGAUGCAAGAGCGUUGUACUCUGCUGUCCUGAAUGACGCCAAGAGCCUUUUAUUAGAGACUGAGUCACAGCUGCUGCAACGAAGACAAGAACUCGAGGGGAUCAUUAGACAGCAUAACUUCGAAAGCGAAGAAAUCCAGCAAAAUAAUGUAGUCGAGCGACGCAUACUACGUGAUAAGCAGCGGGAAGAGUCGCGUGCGGAUCGUCAACGCAAGCAUGAACGCGAAGAAUGGGAGAAGGAUUUGAUCGCGGCGGAGACUGAAGUUGAGCGACUAGAAAACGACAAGGAACUGCUUGAAAACAGGAAGAAUGAGAUUGGGAGCAUGAAGCGGGAUCUCGAGACCAUGAAAGCUGAAAACUUGCAGUACUCAAAACUGCUGAAAGAGAAGCAGUCAAUAAUCAAGGAUGAAGUGCUAUCCCGAUUUCACAUCAUCGUUAGCGAUUUGGAUCAAAUGAAGGAGGCUCGAGAAUGGAUGACGAGAAAACUGGAAGAACUCGGAGCCUUACGGGAGAGUUUCCGUGAAAUUGGCAAUGAUGCAUAGGUUACCGUACUUGCAGCUGCCAGUUUGUUCCAGUAACAUAUCAUCAUCAAAGUUUUUCCUCUAUGCUAAUCAAUUCUUGUUUUAAUCUAACACGAGUUUUUUUGUACAUACAUCACUCAUCUAUAGAAAGAUUUGUACACUUGUUUUCCACACUCAUCGGUAUAUGUGCAUUAUACUUCAAUAGAAGUUGCAUGUUUAUGGUUUUUUAUUCACCGCAUUCAACGAGAAGGUCAUUUUGUCACGUGGAGAAAUUGGAGAAAACAGCGCUCUCAUCAAAGCCAAGGCUUUUUCUUCAAAGCAGCAUCUUUAUUUCAAUGACGCACACUGUACAU